AAGGGCACCGUUCUCGAUGAUCAGCAGGAUAUUUGCUACAACAGCAAGCUCUCAAAGGUCGAAUUCAGGAACAGCGGCUCUUUGAAGGAAUCGUCAUCGCCGUACCCGGUUGCGCCUGUUCGACGACGAUCGAAGAAGGUGCACGAAAGCGCGGAAGUCACCAGGUGUGCUUUGGCCCCCACCUCAGCAGCUGCCGGCGCCAGUUCCUCUACUACCCAGUCGCUGGCGGCAUCGAUGUGUUCUAAGACCCAGCAGUCACAGGCCGCCAACCGCACGGCGUCGCUCCUUGGCCACCUGCAUCUGGAGCGCUUGGUCACUUUCGAUCGCAAGAUGGUGUUGUUUUGCGUUCUACCCUACGUGACACUGUACGGUUUGCUUCCUAGCUUCGUAUGCGGUCUGUUAUGGGGACUGUUCGUUGGCUAUGUGGCCUGUUGCGUUUUAUUUCACUUCUUUAACAUAGCUGACAAAUCCGACAUAUCCUUCAGCGGUACCGAAGCUGCACCGUUUUCGUCCAUCAUCUCCGCCGGCAGCGUUUCAAGAUCAUGGAUGUCAUUGUGUGGCUCGAACAAUAGCUGCGUGGCCGGUGUUGUUAUUCUGGUAGAACCAAUCCUCGUAGAUAGAAUCAUUCAUUGGAAGCCUGUCAACGGUUGGAUGGCAAUCGUCCGACUGAAGCUACAGCAGGUUAAAGCGUUGACCUUGGUGCAGGUAUAUGCGCUCAAUUUGGAGAGAGAUUAUCAUGCCGUCCUGGACGAAGUGCAGUGUGCUCUGUUCGAUGUUCCGAAUACAGAGUCCCUGAUACUAAUGGACGAUUUUAAUGCGCAUGUCUCAGUUAGACGCUGA